AAACAUUUUGUAAACUUUUGAUAAUUUACAAUUUUUCGGAAAACUCAAAAUGAAAUUUUUAAAUAUUUUCUUUUUAUUCGGUUUAUUGGCUGUACUGGCCACCAUGGGUACUGUAGUAAAGGCUGAACCCUUACCCAGUCCACGCGGUCGUCCUGCCACCACCAAACGUCCCAAAACCGAGGGUGACAACAAUGAUGCGGGCGACAGACGCUAGCUAAGUUCGGAGGAAACAUUAUCACGUCAAAAGGUCUCCUGUACCAGUCCGCAAAAAUUAAAUAAUCGCAAAAUAAUGGUCCAUUGUUAUGGUGAAAAUAAAUUACAAACUGUUGAAAUCUUAUUAAUUUGAAUUUAAAUUUUGUAUUAAAAUUACAUAUGUAAUUUUUUUUUAAUUGAAUUAAUUAAUUUGCUGUUGUUGACGUAGAAGUUCAAAUUCAUUGAUGUUUUUCAUUUGUCGUGUGUUUAUCUGUAAUCGGUGUCGGUAUGAGUUUUAUAAUAAUUAUAAAAAAAUUUAUUAAUAAAUUGAUUUAAAACAA